AUGGAGUUCGUGAAAGGAGAUAAAGUUGAAGUAUGCAGCAAAGAAGAUGGCUUCUUUGGGUCUUACUUAGAGGCCAAGGUAGUGUCGUCGAAGCUUCCCUACGGAUCCUACUACAAGGUUAAGUAUUAUAAUCUUGUGACGGAAGGUGAAGAUCCUCUGCCGCUGAUCGAAAUCAUCUCCUCCGACGAAAUCCGUCCGAUGCCUCCCAAAUCUGAACCGGCGGUUAUGUUUUCUCUCCAUGAAAAGGUUGAUGCUUUCGACUUAGACGGGUGGUGGGUCGGAGAGAUCACCGGCCGGAGAGGCGAUUUGUUCUCCGUCUACUUUGCGACGACCAACGAGGAGUGUGUUUACCCACUUAAACGUCUGAGGAAGCAUCUCGAGUGGGACCGUGUUAACCGAGUAUGGGUUUAA